UUGCUUCUGCCUGGGCCGACCUCUUGGAUCGACUGCUCCAGUCUGGCGCGUCCCCGGCGCGGGAAAAAUUUCAAUUCCGGCUAGCUGUCGCAGCGACCUCCUUACCCUUCACAACCCGGGCCUGCCUCCGCUUUCUCCUGCUUUUUACAUCCCGGACUCCUAGCCUCACACGAGUGGAAGCGGAGAAGUUGAAGCCGCCGCCGCCGCCAUGUCCGAGGCUUAUUUCCGGGUGGAGUCGGGUGCACUCGGGCCUGAGGAGAACUUUCUGUCGCUGGACGACAUCCUGAUGUCCCACGAGAAGCUCCCGGUUCGCACAGAGACCCCCAUGCCUCGCCUCGGGGCUUUCUUCCUGGAGCGGAGCGGAGGUGCCGAGACUGACCAUACGAUUCCUCAGGGCUCAAAGCUCGAACUCCCCCUGUGGCUGGCAAAGGGACUUUUUGACCACAAGCGGCGGAUCCUUUCUGUGGACCUUCCCAAGAUCUACCAGCAAGGUUGGAGGACCGUGUUCAGCGCCGAUGCCAACGUGGUGGACCUCCACAAACUGGGGCCGCAUUUCUAUGGGUUUGGCUCCCAACUCCUGCAUUUUGACAGUCCCGAGAAUGCAGACAUCUCCCAGUCUCUCCUGCAGACAUUCAUUGGACGUUUCCGCCGCAUUAUGGACUCCUCCCAGAACACUUACAAUGAAGACACUUCGGCAUUGGUAGCCAGGCUGGACGAGAUGGAGAGGGGCUUAUUUCAAACAGGGCAGAAAGGACUGAAUGACUUUCAGUGUUGGGAGAAGGGGCAGGCUUCUCAGAUCACAGCUUCCAACCUCGUUCAGAACUAUAAGAAGAGAAAAUUCACGGAUAUGGAAGACUGAAGGUCAGAAGAACACAGAAUUGCUCCUUGUGGAGUUACUGCUCUGUGUGUCCUUGAUAGAUCCUCGUUGACCUUGUAAAGGGCCAUGUCAUGGCUUAUUUCCCACAACAGUGUCGGGAGCAGUGCCAUCUGUUUGGGAAAGGACGCGGUACAGGAAGUCCCUGGCCUGUAUGGCUUAUAAGACUCUCCCACCCUGCUGACCCAUAGCCGGGGAGAAACCAAAGUCUUUUGUAAAAUACAGUUACCACAUGCAUCAUAAUACAAUUGGAACUGGGAUCCUUUAUAUCCGGGAGUGUGACACCCUCCGAUGUCCACUUUCGCUGCUCCAAAGGACAGGUACAAAUGGGCCAUCUGCCCACAAAUGUUCUCUUGAACUUAACUGCUACAUCUUCCUUAUGGCUGCUCUGAGGACAGCACCUCCAGGAUGCUGGCCUUACUUGUGAAUGUCUCCUGCGUCUUACCUGAGAGGAGUCACCCCAAUUUCCAGAAACAGUUGCCAAGAAUAAAGAAGGAAAAUGAUAAGACAGAUGAAUGGUAGGGCUUUUACUAAAGAGAAAGCAUUGCUCUCCUCCUCUGCAGUCAGGGCUUUGGGGACGGGGCUUCACAAAACUCUGUGGUCAGCCUGGAGGGGAAAUGGUUAACCUGAGCUUUCUUUCGCCUUGAG